GGUACAGUCACAGUGUAGCAGACUACGCAGAUGUGAAAGCUCAGCGUGUGAUCUCUGAGUGACUGAACAUGGGGCAUAUUUGGAUAUUCAAGAGAAUUUACAGCACAAGCAAUAAUAUCCAUCAUAUCGGAUUAUCGUUUAAUCCCUCACCUUCCGCGCUUCGCUCCAGAACCGACUCAUAGCUGUGUGAGAUUCCCUCACGGGUAGUGUGAAGUACAUGAAUAUUUGUCAUUCAGUGUAAAACAGAAAAGGAGCCAUUAUUUCUUCCAGACGCGCUUGCAUAGGCUGCUCAAUCAAAUCUAAUCCGACUGGGGAUAUUCUACUUCUCUUUAAAUGCCUUGGGGUUUGCUUAAUUUUUCAGCAGGAAUGAAGUGUGUUUUGGCGACUGUGUGCCGGAGUAGUUGUAUGUGAACCGCGUAUUAAAUCAAUGUUACGCGUUUGUUGUUGACUCGCGCUAAGCUCGAAGCUAGCGUUAGCCGCCGCUGUGUUGCUCUGUCUAAACAACUGCUGCUCGCUUUAAUAUAUUCGAAUUUGUUUUAGGAUAACAAAUAUUCUUUCAUGUUGGCCAUAUUUGUAUAAUUGUUCAGACAGUUGCUAGAUACAAGUUUAUAUAAAUUAAUUGUUGACAGUUUGGAAGGCGCGUGCUAACAAUUUAGUAGCUUCAUUGCUUUUCUGUUGUAGCAAUAAUUUGUCAUGAUAAAAUAUAUGUUUUCGGGAUAUUUCUGGUAAAAGUUCGUUUUCGUUACGUGUUUUAUCUUUAAUUAUUUUUUCUGGGAAUAUGAUUUUAGCUUGUGUGAAGAAAUGUAAACAACCGAGCUGUUCAGUUUGCCAGGCAACACAAAGAGUUUAUAAACUGGGUGAUAUUUAAAGUCAGGAGAGUGAAUAAGGGUAGGAAUUUUAAAGUUGAUAACCUUUCAACGACACAAGGUUGCAUUUUUGCAUAUUUGAAUCUGGACUGGAAGGGUGGUUUGAAUGGAUCUGUCUUCUGAUUUGGCCUAAUACCCAUUCAAAGUGAGCAAUCAUGGGCACUCAGGGCAGCCCUGUGAAGAGCUAUGACUACCUUCUCAAGUUUCUUCUGGUGGGAGACAGUGAUGUGGGGAAAGGAGAGAUCCUGGACAGCCUUCAAGAUGGAUCUGCUGAGUCUCCAUAUGCCUACAGCAGCGGAAUCGACUACAAGACCACCACGAUCCUAUUGGAUGGGCGAAGAGUAAAACUAGAGCUUUGGGACACAUCAGGACAAGGCAGGUUCUGCACCAUUUUCAGAUCAUACUCCAGGGGGGCUCAGGGAAUCCUGUUGGUGUAUGACAUUACCAACCGUUGGUCAUUUGACGGGAUAGACCGCUGGAUCAGGGAGAUUGAUGAGCAUGCACCCGGAGUACCUCGUAUUCUUGUGGGUAACCGGCUGCACCUGGCCUUCAAACGGCAGGUGCCCACAGAACAGGCGCGUGCGUAUGCAGAGAAGAAUGGCAUGACGUUUUUCGAAGUGAGUCCUCUCUGCAACUUCAACGUCAUCGAAUCGUUUACAGAACUCUCGCGCAUUGUGCUAAUGAGGCACGGUAUGGAGAAGUUCUGGAGGCCCAAUAGAGUAUUCAGUCUACAGGACUUGUGUUGCCGUGCCAUUGUAUCCUGCACCCCUGUGCACCUCAUUGAUAAGCUGCCACUUCCUGUGGCCAUAAAAAGCCAUCUGAAGUCCUUUUCAAUGGCGAACGGCAUGAACGCCGUCAUGAUGCAUGGCCGGUCGUACUCGCUGGCCAACGCCGCUGGAGGCAGCAAAGGCAACAGCCUCAAACGUUCAAAAUCCAUUCGGCCACCUCAGAGCCCGCCCCAGAACUGCACCAGGAACAACUGUAAGAUCUCCUAGCCUGUGGGCACAGGGGUGUGGCCACACCCCUCACUUCCCUUUCCUUUUAUAACACUCAGGUGCACACAGACAAACACAUGGGCCGGGUUGAUGCGGCACUUCCAAGUGAGGGGAGAGCAGGAUGUGAACAAACAUUCUUUUGCCAGAGGCGGCUACUCUUUCUCCCCCACCUUGCUGCACUACAUUCAAUCUGCACAUUCAGACACGUUUGAUUUGUCACUCACAGACCAGGACUAAGAAUCAGACUUUCAUCAGAUUUCGAUCCAGUGACAAUUGAUAGCAUGUUUUCCUGCUGCACUAGCACCCUCUGCUGGAGAAUUUAUGCAGAACAAACCCUGGAGUUGGAGAGUCUACAGACAAUUUGCAUUCCUCUUGUUGAGAGGCCUUAUUUGAAGUUUUUUUAUAGGCUUAUUAUGCUUUGGAUGUGUUCACAUUCUUUCGCACAUACUGUACAUUCAGUAAAUGUUGUUCCUCAUUUUUGGUCCACGUAGGAGCCUGUUCUCCCUACAAAAACUGAAGUACCUAUAAUGGUCACAUGGUCUUGCAUGUUUCAAAACAAUGAGUGUUUAAGGGCUGGUUCGAAAUGACUUGUAGUGCUUAAGUCUAAACUGAUGUAUUAAAAUUUGAUUUGCACUGCUAUUUGCUGGGCUCUAAAUUGGUCAGUGCUGCACAAUUACUUUUUAAGAUAGUGAUUGUGGUGUUGAAUGUGGACUGUGAAAAUAGGAGUGUUAGCGAACGUAAGAAUGACAGCACAAGCAUUUCUAAACAGACAAUGACACUUCACCAUCUGUCUUUUCUGGAAAGACCUUGAAGUCCAGAAAACGAUGAAAUGUUCCCUCUUAAAAUUGAUACAGAAUUUAAAUUUUUUUGCCCCCUCAUUUUUUCCUCCAAAUUGUCGUGCAUGUCUUGUGGAGCAUCCUUCACAUUGACAAUAUUUUAUCAUUAUACUGUAUGUAAUUACACCUGAGUUAAGUACCACAGUUAACCUGCUGGCUAUCAGAAGGCUGAUUCCCUCAUUCAGAAUCAUGCAUUGCUACACUUUGGGCACCAAUUCAGUUCUUUUCCAUCAAGUUUUUUACCCCUCUCUAGUAAAGCGCAAAAAAUGUGGCAUGAUUUCAAAGCCCAUGUAUUGCAAUUUUCAGUUUUGUAGCAUGAGUUCAAAUUCUAAAAGGUCUUGGCUUGAAGUCCUUUUAACUGCACAUAGAGCAAAGCAUGGUUUCUGUAUAGUUGUACAGAAACAGUAUCACAGUGAAGGAUUACAAACCUGUUCAAGCUUGUAUCUAAUCCUAAACUCAAAAUGAAAAGUGAUGUCAUCAGUGCUGUAAUUUGGUGGUAGCACAAUGUUAACCUUGGCUAUAAUCUUCAGUACUUCCUUUUUGCUUCUCUCUAUGGUAUCAAAUCCUGACAGAGCAGCAGAGCAUCUCGUCCAGAUCUGAUGAUUUGUGGUUGUUGAAUAAUGGAUGCUCCUCUCGUAGAUCCCACCCUGGUGCUCCCUCAGUUGCCAUUUCUGUUCAUAGCCCUCUUUCUCUUCUCCACCCCUUCAUCUCAGGGACGAGCCCCAGCCUCCAGCAGCAGACCUGACCAAUGAAGCCCAUUUAAACCAGGCUGAGCCACAGGCUGCCAGCAGGGGACCUUUAAACUUCCCCCGGAGAGCUACAAGCUCUUGUGCGUUUGACCUAUAAGCUAUCUGCUUCUGGCCUUUUGCACCAUAGCUAAUAAAAUUAACAUGGCACUUGUGUUUACAGCAGUUGUGCAGUGAAGGUGUUACUGGCCUGUGAAAUGUUCCCCAUUAAAGUGAUAAUUUCCCAAAAAUUAAUAUUCUGUCAUCAAUUGCUCAUCCUCAAAUUAUUACAGACAUAUUUGAUAUAUAUUAUAUAUUUCUUAAAAUAAACACACAAGGAGCUGUUGGGCCGAAUGUUAGCUUCAAUUCACUUUAUUCACAUUUUAUUUGCUUUUUUUCCGUACAAUGAAAGUGAAUGGUGGUUGAGUAUAAUAUUGUGCCCAAAAUGUGCUCAUGUGUUCCACGGAAGAAUAGAAGUCCUACAGAGUUAGAACAACAUAAUGGUGAGGGAUCGAUGACAGAUUUUUUUGGGGGUAAACAAUCCCUUAAACCUCUGAAUCUCAAAAGGCUGUGGUAAUGGAAAUGCUACAAAUAAGUGUUCAGAAUCCAUAGGUAUUAGUUUGAGCCUCUCACCUGAGAGCAAUUGUUGUUGUUCUCUAAUGCACAGCAUAUGGUGCAAAGAAAAUAUGUGACUUAGCUAGAAAAUUCCAUUUCAAAUUUUUGUAUUGUAAAGUGUUUUUUCUCUUUUUAACUGAGGUGUGCCCUCAAUGUUGAUCUAAUUAUAUUUAAAAUGCAAAAAAAAAAACAUGCUCAUUAAAUAUAACAGUGGGCAGCAGUAGGGUCACAAUUGUAAACACUAUUUUCCUUUGGUUGAAGCUUAAAGCUGCUGAAUAACUUACAUGAGGAAUUAUCAGAUGUUCUUGAAACAACAAAUAUUUGUUUGUUUUUUAAUUUUUGGAUUGUACAGUUCUUAGUGUAUGAAAAGCAAUGACUUUUGCACAAUAAAAUUGAUAUUGUUAUCAUAAAAGCAAUGCUUUGUGGUUCUUUGUAUCCAGCAUACUCAUCACUGACGAGAAUUAUUUAACAUAUUUGUUAUUGAUAUUUACAAAGUACGUUUUCAAAAAAACAGUAGCUUGCACCGAUGCAACUGUGUUGAUUUUACCGGGGAAAAAUCUCAUAAAAUACCAAAAUUAAAAUGUUGAACAUGCAAGUAAACGGUACUUUCCCAACUUUGCAUGAGGAAAUGCACUGUCACCUACUGGACAAACAUAAAAUGCCAUUCUUGUGCAUUCACUGCUGAUUUUUGCAAAUGAUUCCACUUCCCAUCCAAGAGGUAGAUGAUAGUUCAAACUACCUAAAUAAAUUGCAUUGAAUGAGUAGAGUAAUACAAUAUUUACAGAAAUGGGCAAAUACAGUGUACAAAUAAUCAGAGAACGUGUUGUCACAUUUCAAAGGGGGGAGUGUUCAUCCAGCUUGGUAUGAAAU